CUCGGGACUGUCUACACAAUGGACGGAGAACACCGCUGAGGAGUCGCAUCCACGCUUUCUGGAGCCUGUCGGGAAUAUCAUCCGUAAACUUGGAUUUUGUUCUCUGCUUUUACCUUGAUCAAGUAGACUUUUUGACUCACUUUUAACUUCACUCAGGUUCGCACAAAUAUUGGAUCGCGUGGAAUAAGAGAGAGAGAAGACUGUUGUGUUGAAGAUGGGGAGCCGGGGGCACUACCGGUACCACUGGCAGAGCCACAAUGUCAAACACAGCGGCGUGGAUGACAUGGUGUUGCUCACCAAGAUCAAUGAGGACGCCAUCGUGGACAACCUCAAGAAGAGAUACAUGGAUGACUACAUCUUUACAUACAUUGGUCCUGUGCUCAUCUCUGUCAACCCGUUCAAGCAGAUGCCGUACUUCGGUGAAAAAGAAGUUGAGCUGUAUCAGGGCGCUGCUCAGUAUGAGAACCCUCCUCACAUCUACGCUCUGGCCGAUAAUAUGUACAGAAAUAUGAUGAUUGACCGUGAAAACCAGUGUGUCAUCAUCAGUGGAGAAAGCGGAGCAGGCAAGACUGUGGCAGCCAAAUAUAUCAUGGGCUACAUCUCCAAAGUGUCAGGAGGCGGACCCAGAGUACAGCACGUCAAAGACAUCAUCCUACAGUCCAACCCACUGCUAGAGGCUUUCGGCAAUGCAAAGACAGUGAGGAACAACAACUCCAGCAGAUUUGGGAAAUACUUUGAGAUCCAGUUCAGCUCUGGUGGUGAACCAGACGGAGGGAAAAUCUCCAACUUCCUUCUGGAGAAGUCACGUGUCGUUAUGAGGAAUCCUGGAGAGAGGAGUUUCCAUAUAUUCUAUCAGUUGAUAGAAGGAGCCAGUGGAGAGCAGAAGAGCAGCCUGGGAAUCACAAGCCUGGAUUACUACACCUACCUCAAUCAGUCUGGCUCUUACAAAGUGGAUGACAUCAAUGACAAAAGUGACUUCCAGGAGACAGUGCAUGCCAUGGAGGUGAUUGGCAUCUCAGCGGAGGACCGUGCCAUGGUGCUUCAGAUAGUGGCCGGAGUCCUACAUCUGGGAAACAUCAGUUUCAAGGAAGCAGGCAACUACGCAGCUGUGGAGAGUGAAGAGUUUCUAGCCUUUCCUGCGUUUUUGCUCGGAAUUGACCAAAACCGUCUGAAAGAGAAACUGACCAGCCGCAAGAUGGACAGCAAAUGGGGAAAUGCGGUGGAGUCUAUUGACGUGACACUGAACGUGGAGCAAGCGUGUUAUACUCGUGACGCCCUCUCCAAAGCCCUUCAUGCACGUGUGUUUGACUACCUGGUUGAGUCAAUCAACAAAGCCAUGGUGAAGGAUCAACAGGAGUUAAAUAUCGGAGUGUUGGACAUUUAUGGAUUUGAAAUUUUCCAAAAAAAUGGAUUUGAACAGUUCUGCAUCAACUUUGUGAAUGAGAAACUCCAGCAGAUAUUCAUCGAGCUGACUCUAAAGGCAGAGCAGGAGGAGUAUGUGCAGGAGGGCAUCAAGUGGACUGCUAUUGAAUACUUCAACAACAAGAUCGUGUGUGAUCUGAUUGAGAGCAAAAGUCCCCCUGGCAUCAUGUGCAUCCUGGAUGACGUGUGUGCCACCAUGCAUGCUGUGGGAGAGGGAGCUGAUCAGACCAUGCUGCAGAAGCUCAGAGUCCAGAUCAACACCCAUGAACACUUCAACAGCUGGAACCAGGGCUUCAUCAUCCACCACUAUGCGGGCAAGGUGUCCUACGAUGCAGAAGGAUUCUGUGAGAGGAACCGAGACGUCCUUUUCAACGACCUUAUUGAGUUGAUGCAGAGCAGUCAAAUCUCCUUCAUCAGAGCACUGUUUCCAGAAAACGUCAACGCUGAAAAGAAAGGUCGACCCACAACUGCAGGCAGCAAAAUAAAGAGACAAGCCAAUGAUUUGGUGAGUACACUGAUGAAAUGUACUCCGCACUACAUCCGGUGCAUCAAACCCAACGAAACCAAGAAGCCCAGAGACUGGGAAGAGAGCCGCGUGAAGCAUCAAGUGGAGUACCUGGGUCUGAAGGAAAAUAUCAGAGUAAGGCGUGCUGGUUACGCCUACCGCAGAGUUUUCAAGAAGUUCCUCAACAGGUACGCCAUCCUGACCAAAGAGUCCUGGCCAACAUGGCGAGGAGAUGAGAAACAAGGCGUCCUUCAUCUCUUACGUUCUGUCAACAUGGACCAGGAUCAGUUCCAGCUCGGUCGCACCAAAGUCUUCGUCAAAGCCCCUGAGUCGCUCUUUCUGCUGGAAGAGACAAGGGAGCGCAAGUUUGACAGUUACGCCAGAACUAUUCAGAGAGCCUGGAGGAAAUACCAGGCCCGCAAGAAGUAUGUCCAGAUGAGAGAAGAAGCCUCUGACCUGCUACUGAACCGGAAGGAGAGGCGACGACACAGCCUCAACAGAAACUUUGUAGGUGAUUACCUGGGUAUGGAUGACAGGCCUGAGCUGCGACAGUUUCUGGCCAAGAGAGAAAAGAUUGAUUUUGCAGACAAAGUCACAAAAUUCGACCGCCGGUUCAAGGGAAUUAAGAGGGACUUGAUCCUGACUCCUAAAUCUGUGUACCUGAUUGGAAGAGAAAAGGUGAAACAAGGACCAGAGAAAGGCCAGGUGACAGAGGUGAUGAAGAGGCGGAUUGAUGUGGAAAAGAUCUUGGCGGUGUCUCUCAGUACAAUGCAGGAUGAUUUCUUGAUCCUGCACGAACAGGAGUACGACAGCCUGCUGGAGUGUGUCUUCAAGACGGAGUUCAUCAGCUUGUUGGCCCGCAGGUUUGAGGAGAAGACACAGAGGAAGCUACCACUCAAGUUUAGUAACACACUGGAGUUGAAGUUGAAGAAGGAGAACUGGGGCUUCUUGAGCGGGGGCGGCUCCCGGCAGGUCAUGUUUGUCCAGGGUCAGGGAAACACGCCUGUCCUGAAGCCCUCAAGCAAAUCUCUGCAGGUCAGCGUUGGCCCGGGACUUCCCAAGAACACACGUCCCACCAGGAAGGGCUUCACUCAGAGCCGCUCUAGUGUUUCCAGGACUCACCAGCACAUCCCCUCACGAGCUGCACCAGGACCUCCAGUUGCUCACCAGAACGGUGGAGUGAAAAACACAAACCACGUAUCCAAUCAGAGGAACUCCCAGCAUCACAACCAGAGACAUCCCUCAUCUGGCAACCAGUCGCGCCCUGUCCUGCCCAGCAACAUCAACCAGCUGAAUGAGCGAGGCAGCAGUCGGCCGCAGCCAAACCUGGACUGUCUGAGAGUCCCUGACCAAGGAGCUGCUGGUAAUGGACACAGACGACCAGCUUCAAAUGGAGGAAUAGCUCACAGACCAUCAGCCACCAGGCCUCCACCAGGAGGAGGACGACCCAAACCUGCACCCAAACCCAAACCCCAGGUGCCUCAGUGCAAGGCCUUGUAUGCCUAUGACGCUCAGGACACGGACGAGCUCAGCUUCAACGCUGAUGACCUUAUUGACAUCAUCAAAGAAGAUGCAUCUGGAUGGUGGACAGGACGACUUCGUGGAAAGCAGGGCCUUUUCCCCAACAACUAUGUCACCAAGGUUUAGACGCUGCCGGUUUACAGCGUGAGGAGAGCCUGCUGCAUCCCUGCUGACCCUCUCAGAGGACGGAAUGGAGCUAACAGCCGGAGAGAGAAUGCUUUGAGGUUUCUCAGGGAGAAAAGCUCACAUUUCCUCCACUACUGGCUUUGUAGUAAAUGAAUGUAACUCUCUGUUACACAAGACCAAAAGACAGACAAAACGAGAAGACUGUCCACAGUCCUUCUGAGUACUGAACAAAACUAUUUAUUGUAUUUAUAGCUUUUUUUUCUGUGUCCUCCUUACCGUCAUUUUUCACCUUGCUGAGAGGUUUCAAACUCAAACAUUUUGAAGGAAUGAAGUAUGCUUAAUCUGUGCGACAAGGCUGUGAUUUUUACUCUUGACGCAUCAUUUUUAGAUGAAGGUUUGAUUGCUGAAGCGAAGGUGGUUGCCGGUGCCACUGUGUCACUGACUCAUUAUUGGGAGCGACUGCUCCAUUCAACCAGGAAUAUUUAUUUGGAUGCAAAACUGUCACUGCUCACAGGACGCAGACAUUUAGUAAUGAAUCACACUGUGAUUUUUUUGCGAUUUUAAAUACCAAAGCAACAUUUUAAUCAGUCUGUGCGGUCAAGUGGUGAAUCACCUGGAAAACCACCUUCAUCUCUUAAGUUUUUUUGUUUUUCUAUCACACCAGUAUAUUCUAGACACAGUUUAGAGGCCACGUAUACUGUAACCUGAGCAUGCUGUCUGUGGUGUAUUAGCACUUUAUUGGUACAGGUACUACCUUGGACACAGACACCGUCAUUUGCUCACGCCACAGCCAGUAAGUCAAGUCUAUGAAGGACAGAUUGCCAAGCUAGCAAUAAGCCUCAUUACUGAGGAGACUAAUUUGUUUACAUUAAAUUCUAAAAACAGGCAUUUUUAGAUCUGAUUCUGUAUAUGUGUUCAUAUGUAGGAGUAUGCCUGUUGCUGGUUUAAAUUAAUUGUUUUGUAUUUUCUCUGAAGGAUCUUAGAAUUCUUUUAUUUUCUCUCACUUUCUCUCUGCUUUUGAUACUCACAGGGCUGCUUUAUUUCCCGUUCGGUGACACAUAGAUAAUUAUCACAGAAUAGGGUGAACAGAUUUUUGUUUUGUCAAGUGCAAAAGUGGUUUUAGGUGGAAGAUAUUUGUUGACAUUUUUACCGUGGCACUACAAAGAUUUCCUUUAGCUUUUUUUGCUCGACUGUUCCUGCACAUCUUUUGCACUGCUGUUGCAUUACUUACACAUUCCUUUGUAUUUUUUUUUAAUCAAAUAACCACAUUAUGCUCUAGUCAGUAAAAAACAGCUGGGACUUCUGUCAUAGAUCUUCUGCAUCAUCAUCAUAUAGUUUGAUCUUGGAUGGUUGAAAAGCAUCCUUGUGCAAUACAAAACCUUAGAUGAGUCUUUUUAAUAAAGUAUGUAAUAUUGUAAAUUGAACUGCUUUAUUUUGUUUUAUUAUAAGAAAACCCAUUAAAUGACCAAUGAACAAG